CUGCUGCUGCUGUUGUUCUCUCUUUCUCUCUCUCUCUCUCUCUUCCUUUCUCUGUCUCUCUCUCUCUCUCCCUCCUUCUCACCUACAGGCCAUCGGGCCGACCGGAGGCCGCUCGGAGGACGAGCCAGUGGAGUGCAGCCCGCACCACGACCUGGACCGCGUGGGCUGUCUGGUGCACUCCGCCGCCGACGGGCGCCCGGCGAAGAUCCCGCUGUGGGCGGAGCGGCGGCGGCGGGCCGACGCCGUGGGCAGGCUGAGGGGCGCCCAGACCGGCGCCCUCCAGAAGUUUGCGGGGUUGCUGGCGAGCCUCGCGUCGCUGUUCGAGGUGGAUUGCUGCGAGCGCGUCCACAUAUUCGAGGAGGAUGGACAGACCGUCGCUUUCAACGGCUUCGGGUUGUACUUCAACCUGCGCUUCUUUGUGGAGGAGCGCCACGAGGACUCGUGGCCAGACGCGGUGGCCUACUGGUUCCUGAGCUUUGCCCACGAGCUGGCGCAUUUCGAGUCGCCGCGUCACGACAGGCGUCACGGCCGUGCCAUGGAGAACGCCCAGCGUGCAGGAAGGACCUUUACCGGGGACAGCCGGCGCGCGCCGGGACGUCGCUCCCGUAGCCCUGAGCAGCAUGGUGAUCUGCACCAGAGCACGCAUGCUCGACAAGUGUCGAGGUGGCCUUGCAGAGUCCACGUUUCGCUUCGGGUGCAUCCUGCCUCUUUGUGCCCGACCGUGCUUUUAACGAGCUUGCCACAAGUCUCGCUUUCUCUCUCUCUCUCUCUCCUUCUCGUCUUUCCCUCCCCCUCUUUCUCAUUCUCUAUGUGCAGGGCU